UUCCUUUAGGUAAGAAGUCUGAGGCUUUAAUUUCUAAGCAAAGACUCUUAAAGGUGAUCACAAAGACAGUCUAGCAGGCUUCUGAUAUAUGCAGCCCAUUCUACAACACUUAUUCCCUCAUAUUUGAGCAUCUACAAGGUGUUUUGAUGUUGCUGAAAUGGUCAAUGUUUGUAAAUAUAGUCACCUUCUUGAACUACACAGAAAAUUAAGGUAUAACAAAUUAGCAAGAAGCUUAGGUCAAAUAUACUUUCAAAAUCCAGAAUAUUAUUUGUGUUUGCUAAAACUGCCGUAAUUUAUACUAUCUUCCUGCUGAGUGUUCUGUAUAUCAGCAAGGUAUCAUAAGCUAAUUUUCGUUUAAACAUUUGAGAGACAUCUCA